AUGACUCGGUUUCGCCCUUGUAUUGACCUGCACGCGGGCCAGGUCAAGCAGAUAGUGGGAGGAACCCUGAGCACCAAGCCUGGGGAGCUCAAGACAAACUUCGUCUCCGACCACUCCGCUGGCUAUUUUGCGAAGCUAUACAGAGACAACGGGCUAACGGACGGGCAUGUCGUGAAACUCGGGCCGGGAAACGAUGACGCCGCUAUCGAAGCUCUGAAGGCAUGGCCAGACGGUCUACACAUUGCUGGUGGGAUUACAGACAAGAAUGCGCAGUACUGGUUGGAUGCUGGCGCAGAAAAAGUCGUGGUUACGUCUUAUCUCUUCCCAGACGCUCAAUUCUCCAUCGACCGGCUGCAGUCUAUACUGGCUGCUAUAGGAGGUGACACGUCAAAACUAGUCUUGGACCUUAGCUGCCGCAAGCGAGGGAAUACCUGGUUUGUGGCCAUGGACAAAUGGCAGACGGUCACCAACAUGGAGAUAACUCAGGGUACGUGUUGUAUGAUCGACAUAAAAAAGCCUUCCUCCUCCUCCCCGAAGUCGAGGUAUGACGAAGCCUGCUCUGACCAGUGUUAUCCGAGGACUCUAGAGACCAUCAGCAUGCUCGAGCCGUACUGUUCUGAGUUCCUGAUCCAUGCCGCGGAUGUAGAAGGGUUACAACAGGGUAUUGACCAGGAGCUGGUGUCCAGGCUUGCAGAAUGGUGCGCUAUUCCGGUCACCUACGCUGGCGGAGGGCGAGGGAUAGAAGACCUUGAACGGGUGAAGGAGAAGAGCAAAGGAAAGGUCGAUCUCACGAUAGGGAGUGCUCUGGAUAUCUUUGGAGGAUCCGGCGUCACUUUCGAGCAGUGCAUCGAGUGGAACACACUAAACGCUGGCUAA